AUGAGAGUGAAAUUGGCAGAUGCUGUUGAUGGCAAGUACAACGUUCAGUGUUGGGCAGAGUUUCAGAAUAAGAUAGGAAAGGAACUGCUUGACGAGUCACCACGUGACGGUUAUGAGGAAUCUUAUGAAAGACAGAGAAAUGAACCUUCAACUUCCUACCAGCAGUUUUAUCAAACAUAUUACAGCACGCCGGAAAGACUGAAAAAUCUGAGAAGGAACUACGGACCAGCCGGACUUAGAAAAGCUCUAGUUGCUCAAAAUAUACAAGAAAAGCUUGAAGAAGUACGCCAAGCAAACGAUCACUUCCUGGAGGUUAGGAGUAGAGCCACGUGCAAAAUACCCCGGCCUCAGGUAGUUCGGGUGAAAGAUAUAUUUCCUGAUUCCUCCAAGCAGUACGUUCCUCGCUGUACCAUACUUCAUCGUUGUUCAGAUCAGACUGGCUGUUGUGAUGAUGACCUACAUAAGUGUGGUCCUCUACAGGUUCAAGAGGUCACCUUGUACUUCUACACUCUACACCUUAAAAAUCACCAUAUGGAAGUAGGCAUAAACAAUGCUGUGGAAAAGUUGCUUUUUAUUAAUCACACUGAAUGUGAAUGCCAACCAAUAAACAAUCGGCCACGUAUGCAUGGAGAUCACCACCACCACCUAUCCUCAUCCGACAGCAGUCACCGUCCAAGUUCCUCGAUUGAUCAGAAUUCAAAGUGUAAGGAAUGUCCCUUUCCGUUCUACAAGCGGGCGUAUCCUGAUGGAAGAUGUAGCUGUGAUUGCUUUGACCAUCAAAAACCCUGUCUGAGAAUCAAGAGAGGCCGAGACCCUCUUGAUAACAUAGAAAAACGAUGUGUUCUGGAGGGUUAUUGCCACGCACCAGAUUGCGAAUAUGGACCUUAUGAUGUCAUUAGCGGGAAAUGUUCCAAACGUCCAGAAAACUAUAAACGAAAGAAACACAAGUUACGGAAUCAUAAUCGUCACUAUCACAGAUGGGCCUUUUUUGAACGAGACUAGUAUGUAGUGAUUUAAAUUAUAAUAUUUGUUUCUACCUAGUCUACAGAAUCCUAAAAAAUCCUGUGACUUUAGCCAUGCGCUGGACGUGUUUCUGAGGCUCAACCAAUCAGUCGACAAUCUGCCAUAACAACAUCACCUUUGGUGAUGCAUGCAGGACUGUUUUAAAAUAUUAAGUGUUCGAGGAAACUUUAAACAUUUAGUAUUUGAAAAACAUAAACAACUGAUCAUUCAUAGAUAUUUGCCAAGAUGCAAAUACUUGUGUUUUAUAUUUAGAAUUUAUUUCACUUCAUAGUUAUUUGUAUCCUUGUUCAUUUUAAUCCUUUUCUAUUUAAAAUUAGAGUUGCUUGAAAUAUUCCAAGUUUCCUUUAAUGGAAACUUUUUUUCUAAAUGAUCGUAAAACUAUGUUAUUCAGUGGAAUAUCAUAGCAAGUCGAGAACCUAUAUUAGUAUAUAAUACGUGAAUCUGUGUGAUAAACAAGUAUACAUUCAAAUAAAUGGAAGAACGAUCUUAAACAUUUGUUUGAAAUUGCUUAUAUCAUAAUGACGAAACUCGGUGUACGAGUAAAUAGGAUAUAUUUACUGUGUUCGUAUUGAAAUAUUUGUUAAAGGCAAAAUUUGUCAACCAAUUUACAGUUUCGAGAAACUGAGUACUUUUCCAACACUUGACUUGAACGUAAAGUUCGGCCAAUAUUUUGUAACAUUACAUACUCCAGCUAAGGUAAAGUAAUGUUUCAGUAUUAAGAGUUCUUUAAUCUAUUUGAAAGAUAAUCAUGAUAUAAGCAACAUUAAUAUAAGGUUGAAAUACUUAAUCUCAAAUAAAAGUAUUACAAUUAAAUCAUAUAAAUAGCGAAUCACUAUUUGUUGCAACAAUAAUAUUUUUUUUUCCAAAUCUUUUUAAGUGGUUAUUAACAAAACAUAGCUGUUAAUUUAAUAUCAAAAUCAACAAGAAAAAAUGAUAAAAUAUAUUAAACAGCACUGUGUUUGUGACUUUAGAUUUGUGUUAAUCGCAACUCAUUAGAUUAUCAUGACAUUAAAUUCAUGGAGAGAAACUUUGGUUUUAUUAGAGUACUCAGUAAGUUAUCGUGACUUUGGUUUUAUUGAUUUGUUUUAUAUAAUUUAAAGUUUUGAGGAACAAAUACGUCAUGGAGUAUAGGAAAACAUCCUGAUGUUGAAAAUAUGCUGAUGUUGUUCCUGGAAGACGAGUUUGUUAUCACAACAAGUAACAUUUACUUAUUUUAUUACCGACAUUAAUUAGCACUUUCAACUUAUUCAAUGGAACGUGUAAUGCCCAUAAUGCAAUAAGAGAGAAGUUCCCUGGCGGGUCAGCGAUAAGUUUACAGAUUUAGAUCACUAAAAUCCGGAGUUCGAUUCACCGCGGUGGCCAGAGUGCAGAUAGCCGAUUGUGUAGCUUUGUGCUAAAAGAAGCAUACAAGUAGAGCUAAAAAAAACUGUAAAUAAUAAAAUUUCAAAACAGUGCUAAAUAAUUUAGGGUUAGUUUAUUUUUCCAGUAGAUAUUUCGGUAAGUGUGUAGCUUGUGAAGCGAAUUUGUGUAAAAUUUAUAAAAAGAAGCUUCAGCGUGAGCUCUGUUUACGUGUGAUUGAUAAAGGAAGGAUAUUCAAGAGAUUUGUUUAUUGAAUAUACACUAUAUAUAUAUACACCAUGUCCAUCAAUAACUAACGAUUCGCCAUGCUUGCAGUACUAGGAAUUUUAGAGAAGUGUAGAAUCUAACUUUACUGAUGUUAGCUUUGUAUUACUAGGUACAUCGUUAAGUAAAAGGCUAGAUAAUUUUAAAUUGACGUACUGCUGAUGUCAUGAUUCGUUUAAUAAACUUUACAAAUUAAGACUAGUACAACAUAUACAUACGAAUAGAACUGUAACGAAAUAAGUAAAAAUAUACAUAUUUCUAUCCUGGCACAUCAUUGUGAAGAAACUAAGUUCACAGUAUAUAAUAUAACAGUUUUGGGACUGAAUGCUCUGUUUUUUACAUGACAUAUGAAUUCUUAAUGUGCUAUAUUUAAGACGUGUUAAGAUAUUUAAAUUUCCAAAUGUCAAUUCAAAACUUAAUUUUUUUCAGACUAUGUGUUCGAGUACAAUGUUUAAGCUUAAUGAAAGGUUUGUGUAUUCUGCAAAGAA